UAUCCAAGAUCGAGGUGUGCCUGAAUUUAAUUCCAAACUCCCCAUGUCGAAGGAUCAUACGGGAUUAGUGGCCAUGACUUCCAGUCACUUAUAAAUGUGCGGUCCACUGGUCGCUGUGUCCGAACCAGACACGCAACCCAGCGUUUCUAUCAUGAGCCGCUGGCAACGGCUAAAGGCUUUUUUAGCAGCAAUUCUGUCUCCGCUGAAAGGAUGAGUCCCUUAAGGACCAGCACAAGCGGACCAAGUGCAAUCCUACACAACUAUUCUACGGACCAGUAAUAUGAUCAUCGUGAAGGGAGACAACCUACUAACGAGUAUUCAUACUCGACGUUCAUACGACAUGUGGACCUAUUCGCAUCCCAAUUGUGAAGUUGAUCCUGUUUCCGAUGGAGGUCAGCAAUCCUGACACAUCUUCGUCAGGAGGACCUAAAAUUGCCUGCUUCGUCAAUUAUCGUAGCAAUCCUGAACAUCGUCAUCCCUUGCGUAAAAUAUGCCGUCCCAACAAGAGGUCCAGCACGUCCACCGCAGCGGUACAUACUCCUUUCGGUGCUGUGCAUGCAGAGGAGUCCAUGUACUGUGAAAGUCUCAUCGCAUUUUGGGGACUACCAUACGCUGUUGCACUUCAUGGAGGCUCGGCGAGCACCGAGGACGACGGACUGCCUCGAGCGAACCCUAACGGAUAUCCGUCACAGGGUUCGAAUGAAAAGCGUAUGCACGGCGAGUAUCCGCUUUCUGACCCCGUACCUUUUGUCGAGAAAUAAUACUCCAUGUUGAUCCUCAGCUUGGCUGUCGCACCCCCCUCCGAACGGUCGAUGGCAACAACCUCCACCUCCAGCCAUCGACGGGUCCUUCGUGCACGAUGCAGAUGUACAUAUGUCCUCACAUUACUAAGCCUUGACUCGGCAACAGGGCCUGCCAAUGGCCCUGAAUUCCGUUCGAUCUAUGUGUAUAGGGACACCGCUUGCAACUCGUUGUAAGGGGAAGGAUGUUGAUGUACUGCGCCGGGCUUGAAAUAUUCACUCAAUUAUUCCCCUAACUCUCAAACAAGCUUUCUAUCAUAUUGUAAUGUAUACUCAGGAAAAAUAAAGUUCGU